AUGAAAUCUUAUUCAGCGAGCAUGUUUGUUUCUUUGCUUACUGCCGACCAACAACAACAAACACCGCUGCAACAACGCAUUAAUUUCGACGAUUAUUCUGAAUCGUCACGUGAUAUCGCUGAAGUUGAACCAGAAUCGAAUGCAACUACAAUUAUUGUAAAUAAUCCUUCGAAUUCCAGCGGAAAACCAAUUCUUGAUGAAGAAAAUACGCGUGAAACAUGGUCGAAUAAUUGCGAUUAUCUAAUUACCACACUUGGCGGACUUAUCGGACUUGGCAGUCUCUAUCGCUUUCCGUAUUUGGCGUUUCAGAAUGGUGGUGCUGCUUUCGUCAUACCUUAUGUACUUAUUUGUGUCCUAUGUGGUAUUCCGUUGCUGAUGAUGGAAACAGCACUUGGUCAAUUUUCACGAAAAGGUUCUGUCGGUUGUUGGGAAUUUGCACCAGCAAUGCGUGGUAUCGGUAUUGCUUCGGUAACUAUAUCGUUCUUUGGUGCUCUAUACUAUAUCAUGAUUAUGGUCUGGGGUGGACUCUAUCUCUUUCAUUCAUUUGCCUCCAUCGGUUGUCGACUACCGUGGAGCGAUGAAGUAGGAGAUGACGCAUUACAGAUAAACACAACAACAAGUAUUAUCAGUUCAGUUGAACGGUUUUGGAAUACAUCGAUUAUCAAUAUAUCAGACGAUUUCGAUGGUCUAUCAACUUUUCAUUGGCCAAGUGUUGUUGGCCUAGUAGUCAUGUGGACAAUUAUUUAUCUAUGCUUAUGGAAAGGUAUUAAAUUAACAAGUCGUGUGGCCAUAUUUACAGCUUUGUUCCCGUACCUACCAAUGAUUGCAUUAUUUAUUCGAGGAAUGACGCUAGAUGGUGCUUGGAGCGGCUUAAAAUAUUAUUUAGUGCCUAACGGACAAGCAUUAUUAAAUAAAAAAGCAUGGACACAAGCAGCAGGACAUGUUCUUUGGGCAUAUGGUAUUGGCUGGGGUAUCAUUCCGGCUCUGUCAAGUUAUAACCGGCCUGAUUAUAAUUUCUACCGUGAUAUUGCUGUAACUGGUACAACAAGUAUAUUGACGAAUGUCUUCAGCGGUUUUGUUGUAUUUCCUGUAUUGGGUUUUAUGAGCCAUAAAGCCAAUGUAUCUAUUGAACAAGUUGUGUCCAGUGGACCCGGUCUAGCAUUUAUUGUUUAUCCGAAAGCAAUCAGUCUUAUGCCAUUACCACAUUUCUGGGCAAUAACAUUCUUUUUUAUGAUUUUCUUACUUGGUAUCGAUUCACAAUUUGUUACAUGUGAAAGUGUACUUACAGCAACACUCGAUAAACUUGAUCAAUGGUACGAACGAUCACCCAAAAGGCGAAAAAUUCGACGAGAAGUGGUUGUUGCUGUCUAUGUUCUAAUUUCAUUUUCAUUCGGUCUUCUCAUGACUACUAGAGCUGGAUUUUACAUCUUUAAUAUUUUUGAUGGUUAUAUUUGUGGUGCUCUGCCACUGCUAAUUAUAUGUAUUGCACAGUUAACGACAGUUCUCUUUGCUUAUCGCACAACAUUCAAAUCAUGGUUUCAAAAGUGUCCACCCCAACAGUGGCCUGGUCAGACAUUCAUCGCACACAUCAGCGAAGUUCUAAAACGUCGUUUAACACAUAUAUGGCUUUGCUGGAUUAUUGUUGUGCCAAUAUGGCUUUUUAGUAUGCUGGCCAUAGCAUUUCGUACCGUGGGCUUGAUUUCAUAUGAAUCAUUUGUCUAUCCAUUACCAUUUCAAAUUGCCGGUUAUGCGUUGACUUCAAUAGCUCCACUGAGUAUCAUUAUCUAUUUUAUUUAUUACCACCUUAGAAACACGAACAGAUGA